UAAAUAGAAAAAAAAAAUGAAAUAAAUAGAAAUGCGAAAUAAAUGACGACAAAACGAAUAACGCGACAAGCUGAGAAGCAUAAAACGCUGGCGCAAUAGAAACAAAAAUAAUAUAUAAAAAAACAUUAAAAGAAGCACAACAAAAAAAAAGCCGAGAGAAGUGAUAUUAGAAUUUUAUUAAAAACAGCUACUACUUCUCAUAAUUUUCGGUGCUUGGUCGUGCGCGCGUACACAUAUCGUUGACGGCGCUGGCAUUGGUCAAAUCGCUCGAAAGCGCACAUUAUGUAAGCAGGAUUUUUGCGGAUACUUUGCGGAAUACGGGGAAAAAAAUAUAUUAAAAAAUAUUGCGCUUACAACAUUUAUAACGCUGUUAAAUUCGAAAUUUAUUUUUUUUUCUUUGACAGCGGUAAUAUAAAAACGCGAAUAUUCGUAAAGUGAUUGCAGCUAACGAUCCUCGGGUGCAUACGAAAUUGCGAAGAAUGCGUCAACGCACAAAGACAAAAAAAAAACACAAAAAACAACCUUCGACAAUCAAAAAAAAAAUAUACAUAAAUAAUUUUAUGGAAAAGGCUAACUGUUUAACACAAUAACGUAAAUUGUUUUCACGCAAACUAACGGUGCACAAAUGUAAAAUUUAUAAUUAUUUAUGACUAAUAUGCACAUAUGUAUGAAAAGUAGCAAGUGUAUGCAAUAAAUAAAUAGCCAAUUAAAAUAAUAAUAACUUCAGCGCAGGCGGUUUUCGAUGUGAAUUUCAAUAACAACAAAAAUCAACAACAAUAAUAACAAUAACAAUAAACUGCGUCGUUGCUUAACGUAAGCGCCAACGUCUGUCAGCAUAUCCUAUAAGUGGAAGAAAAAAGUGAAAAAAUGUCGAGAGUAUUACGGCAAAGAAAAUUUCACAAUAAGUGCAUAGAGUGAAAAGUGCACAGCACGCAUAAACAUUAAUCUAGAUACAUACAAAUGUAUAUGCACCUCUCUGCAUACAUACAUAAUACCUACAUACAUUCAAGCAAAAUAAUGAAAUGAUAAAAUGCAUUUUCACCUUCUAGCCGGCAACAAAAGGAUGGCGUACAGUGGAAUUUUUACAGAAAAUUAUUGACUAAAAUUUGAGCUUCCUUUGUCUAUGGAUAAGUUUAAACCAUGCAAAAAAUUUUUGAAUUUCUAUUAAUCUAGCGAUGUGUUAAGUUUAACCUAACCUAACCUGUUACGGUUAACCUAAAAAAAAGCAUGCCACAGGUUUCUCGAAAACGGUUAUAACGAUUUUGUUGAAAUUUUGUAUUCGGUUUUAAUCUAACCAUCGGCCGAUUACCGAAGCCCAAGCCGUUGAUUUACUUUAAAAUGAAGUAAAUCGAUUUUUUUUCAAAAAAUAAGCCCUAUCUUUCUCGUGUCUUUUUUAACAAAAAAUGCAAAUUUUCAUAAAAUAAUUGCAGUGCAUAAAAUGGCAAGUGAUUCAAAAAUCCUCAAUUUAGAUAUAUUUUUGAGUGGAAUUGCCCCUGGGUUGUUCGAAUAUUAGGUCUCUUUUAAAACCCGUUUUCGAGUUAUUCGAAAAAUUGCUAUUUGAAAAAAAAACGGGUUCGGAUUUUGAAAUUAAGAAAAAACCGGAUAAACCGGUUUUAAUUUACAUAGUUAUCAUACAGUAAGUUGGAUGAAUUAUUAAAAGAUGGGUAUAAAUCGAAAUGGGUUUCAAAGGUAUUUAUUCCUGACCUUUAUUUAGGAGUGUUGCCCUUGGUUCGAGCAAUCAAAUUUGAAUUAGUUCAUCAGUUUACUUUCGAAAAGGAAUUUCAAAGAUGAGAGGUCAAUUUCUAGACCUUAGCCUUUAGAUACAUAUAUGUAUAAUAAAGUUUUAUUUUUUUAAUUAAGAACUUUUUUCAUCGGUAUAGGGUAAUUUGAAAUUCUAUGAAUAUGAAAGGAUGCACUAUGCGAGAUUGCUCUUCACUCAGAAACGGCUGCAUAGUUUUGAUGAAAUAUGGCAUUCGGAAUGGCAUUGAAUUUUGGGCGUUUUAACGUCAUGCGGGUUCACUAGUAACUUAUAUUACGGCUUGGUCGCCAAAACCCAUAAGUUCUACUCUAAUAGUUUAGCAAUAAAAUAAAGCGAUCUGAGAAUAGUUGAAUCCAAUUCCUGUACACACUGUACGUACUUUAUCAAAGCAUUAUAUGGCGUGAUAUAAAAAAUAUGUGCAAAAAAAUCGAUUUCAUUCUAUAUAGUCACCGAUAAAAAUGAUAUGAGCAGUUUAAUAACGAAUAUAAUAGCGAAACAUUAAUAAAAAACAAGCUAUCAUAAUGUACGAUAUUCAAACGAUGCUGCACAAAAUCGCAUUAACUCUCCAACACCAGCUUAGCGCGCUCAUUAGCUCCUCAGUAUCCGCACAGAACACUUGUGAGCGAGUGGACUUCUAUGCCUUCGCCGCACCAUCAUCCGCGCUUGACAUAUGUCGACCAACAGACGCGCCAAGCUGGAAACAGCUAUAUGCACUAUACAAACGGUACUAUGCUCUGCUCAUGCACCACAUCUGGCCCUCACUGCUGCUCGCGAUGCAGCACUGCUACGAUGCCUAUCAGAAUACUGUGGAAUAUUGCAACGCAUGCAGCACCCAACUGGUACAUUGGACCUCACUGCUCGCCAGUGAUCCGCUAUUUAUGAUCGCGAUCAAAUUUUGCGCGCUAUUGCUCUUCCUCUUCCUCAUGCAUUGGAUUAAAUCAGCGAAAGCGCCGCCCGCAACUCCAACGGCAGCGACAUCACAACUCUUAACUGCAGCUGCAACGAAUUUACCGCCUACAACCGCCGAAGAUCGCAUUGAGGUACUGGAAGUGGACGCUCUAAAUGGUGAUACCACAACAACACCAGCGUCUUGUAUUACACCCACCGUGACGCGGGAAUUGGUUUGUGAUUUCAAUUUUGUAUCGCCGUCAGAGUUGCGCGCUGCGCUGGAGGCCGCCAAUCAGCGGAUGCUUGAGAUUGAGGAAAAGCGUCGCCGCAAACGCAUCACCAAGAAACGGAAAUGCGUUUCAGCGGGUCCUAUAUUGAUUGCGAUCCGUUCGAAGAAGACGCAUCACAAGCAUAAGAAAGCGCGUGAGGAGGAGAUGAAAUUGAAGCAGCAGUUGGAGUUUAAACAGCAGCAGCUGAUACAUCAGCAACAACUCGAGCUGUUGACACCACCAAAUGCCUCACCAGUGCGUCCGAUAUAUCUGUCACCGUCGCAGGAAGAUGACAACUUUUUGCCAGUUCGUUUGAAGCCGUUGGCUGUGGGUGGCGCUUCAUUUGAAAUCGAAAUGGAUACAGAAAUGGAAGCAGAAAUUGUAUCUUUGAUUUCCGAGCCUCGGGGCACAAUGAGCACCACAGAGGAAAUUUAUCCUGAUUCACCGGAUAGUAGCCUAUAUGGUUCGGAUGAGGAGCAGGAAGAUCCGUCACAAUAUUGUCGGGGAGGUUAUCAUCCAGUUAUUAUAGGCGAUAUAUUUGACAAUCGUUUUCGCGUGGUACGCAAACUCGGCUGGGGACACUUUUCCACCGUUUGGCUAUGCAGGGAUCUCAAAGAGGAGAAAUACGUCGCCCUUAAGGUGGUUAAGAGUGCACCGCAUUAUAUCGAAACUGCUGCCGAUGAGAUACGUCUGCUCGAAGCCAUACGCGAUGCGGAUCCACUCGAUAUGAAACGGGAACGUAUCGUACGACUGCUUAAUCACUUUACGAUACGUGGCGUUAAUGGCAAGCACUAUUGCUUGGUUUUCGAGGCGCUUGGUUGCAGCUUGUACAAAUUGAUUGUGAAGAAUAACUAUCAGGGGUUAGCCAUUGGGCAAGUACGCAACAUUAUCAAACAAGUGCUGGAAGGACUCGACUAUUUACAUACGAAAUGCAACAUUAUUCACACGGACAUCAAGCCAGAGAAUAUAUUGCUGGUGAUCGAUAAUGAGUCGGUGGUGAAUCAGCAAAUUGAUGAUGAGAUAGCAAGCUUGCGCGUGAAGGGUGCAGACUUCCCGGAUUCAUAUAUUAGUUCCAUUGAGAAGCAAGCGAAGAGCCGCAACAAAUGGCAACUUAUCGAUACGAAUGCCUCGACAACAAAUAGCACGGGCACAGCUAAUAAUUCCUCCACUUCAUCCACACCGCUGCCCAACACUGCUGUUGCUGCGCUCUCUAUGACCGGUGCAACAAUAUCGGCGCUUAGUAAGGACGAUACGAAUUCGACAUUGAAUACAAAUACCACCACCUCUUCGUUAACAUCUAAAUACUCGUCCAGUUUGAUAGGCGAAAAUGAUGGCUUAGGUGGUGUUCGCACGGGUACAGACAGUCCUUCAAUUGGCGGCGGCGGCGGCGGUGGCGGUUCAACUUACACGACAACGGGCAAUAUGAAUAAUCGUUAUCGAGCGGAGAAGAAAAUCACUGCCAAGUUUACCUAUUAUUUCUUAUGAUUUUUACGCCUCACUUAUGCACCUGCAAAGCCGCCACCACUUGUCAUAAACAACUACUACAUACGCAAAUAGUAAAUUUUCCCUCGCACACAAAUCUGUCAUCUCACUUCUUUUACUGAGCGCGCCUACUACUUUGUCAAGCACAUUAACGCACUUGCUUUCAAUCACGCCCCAAUAAUUGCUUAACACACUUAUAAUACUUAAGUAUUUAAUGGUCGGUCACUCACCUAAUAUACGCCAAACCAUUCACCACCACCAACCGUUCACCUCAUUCACCUACCCAGCACCCACCCAGCACUUGCCCCACCACAGUAAAAUCACCAGCAAACGUUUGUGUCCAAUUCGUUUGUUCCUUUUUUUCUUU